AAAAGCUGCGUUGCUUUGCAGUUGAAGAAACCAAAAGAAUCCCAAAUGUCUCCGGAAGAGGAGCUGCAGAGCAAUGUCUCUGUGGCGAGUUCUUCGCCAACAAGCAAUGGCAUCUCGAGGAACGCAUCAGGAGGACUCAAGGAGCAUAACUACUUGGGCCUCUCUGAUUGUUCUUCUGUUGGAAGCUCGACUCUCUCGGGACUUGUAGAAGAUGACAAAGCCACUAUCAGCCUCAAGGCCACUGAGCUGACACUCGGACUCCCCGGGUCACGAUCUCCUGCGAGAGACACAGAUCUCAACUUACUGAGCCCAGCGAAGCUCGAUGAGAAGCCCUUCUUCCCUUUGCUUCCUUCCAAAGACGAGAUAUGCUCCUCUUCCCAGAAGAACAUUGCCUCAGGAAACAAAAGAGGCUUCUCUGACACAAUGGAUCAGUUCUCUGAAGCCAAAAGUUCAGUGUAUACUGAGAAAAACUGGAUGUUUCCUGAAGCGGCAGCAACACAGUCUGUAAUAAAGAAGGAAGUGACGCAGAACAUACCGAAAGGACAGUCGAGCACUACGAACAAUAGCUCUAGUCCACCUGCAGCCAAGGCACAGAUUGUGGGUUGGCCUCCAGUGAGAUCCUACAGGAAGAACACGUUGGCCACAACUUGUAAGAACAGUGAUGAAGUUGAUGGGAGACCAGGUUCUGGGGCCCUCUUCGUGAAGGUGAGUAUGGAUGGUGCUCCUUAUCUGAGGAAGGUUGACCUGAGGAGCUACACUAACUACGGGGAGCUUUCUUCAGCCUUGGAGAAAAUGUUCACCACAUUCACUCUUGGUCAAUGCGGAUCUAAUGGAGCUGCAGGGAAAGAUAUGCUCAGUGAGACCAAGCUCAAGGAUCUUCUGAAUGGAAAAGACUAUGUGCUCACUUAUGAGGAUAAGGAUGGAGACUGGAUGCUUGUUGGAGACGUUCCGUGGGAGAUGUUUAUUGAUGUCUGCAAGAAGCUGAAGAUAAUGAAAGGCUGUGAUGCCAUUGGGUUAGCUGCAGCUCCGAGAGCAAUGGAGAAAUCGAAGAUGAGAGCUUAA